UUGCUUUCCCACCCUGAUUAUAUGACUGCUCUUGUAUCUGUUGGCUUCCCCACACACACAGACCUGUCUCCAGAUUGGUCUGAAUUUCAUAAGAUUGCAUAGUUUCGUAGGGUUCUAAACAGACUUUCUUUCUUGGCUUUGUCUGUUUCUUCAGUGUCUUUUUUCUUUCUUUGGUUUCAAUUAUCAAAAUACUCUUACAGGUGAAAACCCUACUUACUUUCCUGAAUUUCUUGUAGAUCUCUUUCAAAACUCAGAGUUUCACUCGAAAAAAUUCGGUGUUUGGAGGUAAGGGUUUUCCCCUAGCUAGCUCAGCUAGCCAUUUUGUUCGGCUUGAUGAUGUUUUGAUGCUUUUCAAUUUUCAUCAGUCAUAGAGAGUAGCACAUUCCAUUAACCCAUCAUGAGGUCAGUCAGUUCUUUGCUCGACAUCUUUAAAAUCUGUGUCUAUUUUCAAGUGGCUAUCUUCAUCACUCUCAUUCGUGGUUAUGUCAUCUCUUCGUCAAGUUUUCGCUUAACUUUGUUUGUAUCCUUGUUGAUCCUUACAUUUCUAUCCCCUGCUCAUCAUGCUGAAAAAGACAAGUCCUUGAUUGAGUUUUUCUUCACCAUCUUAACUAGCGCAUCAUCUUUUGUCAUUAGCGAACGCCCAUUAAUUGUGAUUCUUAUCCUGACUGAUCCAUCAGUUAUAUCUACAAUUCAACCUCGGUUGCAAAGAUUUAUAGCUAAUCGUCAUUCUUCUUCUUCUCCUUCCAACAAUAUUGAUUUGUCCCUUCUCCCCCUAGAUCUCGUUCAACUAAUUGUAGAUGGAAUGACUACUUUCAAAAAUUAUAUAGCGGCUAAUGGGGUUAGCCGAGAUUGGCGAUCUGCUUUUUCAAGCAUUAGUAGAGGACCUCAGCUUCCUCUCCCUGUGCUGAUGCUUUCCGAGCCACUAUUAACUGACAUGCGAACUUUAUUUAGCCUCUAUGACCACAGUCGUCAUCGAUUACAACUAUCUGAAGUCCGCGGAAAACGUAUUUGGGGAUCUCAACAUGGCUGGGUUGUAACCUUGGGCCCUCGUUAUGUAACCCAACUUGUGCACCUUAUGACAGGAAAGCGAAUUAAUCUUCCACAAAUUCAAAGACUGGCUCCUAGAGAAGAGUGGUUUUGCCUUGUACGCAAAUUCAUUCUUCUAAAGGACCCUACCGAUGAGUCAGCAUUCCUUGUCAUCGCAAUUUUUGGCCCUAUGGAUAGGUUGGCUUUUACUAGAGUGAGACUAGGGGCUGCUUUGAACAGAAGAAGAGAAGGUGAGUGGGUUGUUGUAGCCAAUCCAGAGAAUUUGAAAUUCAAGGAUGUUGUGCAUUUAAGUGGUCAAAUAUAUGCACUCUGUGACAAUGGCAAGCUGGUUCGCUUUGAACCUGUUGCUCCUUUUGCAAAUAUGGUCCAAGUUAUUGCUGAUCAUCCACAAGAUGUAGGGGCACACCGAAAAAUAUAUUUGGUGGAGUCAUUGGGAAAUCUUUAUGGGGUUUUCCGUAACGAAUUUCUUAUUCCUUCAGAGAGGAGGUUUGCGACUACAUCUUUUUUUGUCUACAAGUUCAACUUCAAUGCAUCAGCUUGGGAGGAAGUGACACACUUGGAAGGUCAUGCUUUUUUUGUUGGUGACGGCAACUCCUUCUCCUGGCACUUUCCUACAAGCAUUAUCCCUAGCAGAAGUGAUUGCAUCUACUUUACUGAUGACCAUUGGGUUUGGCGAAAGUUCCUUAGGAAGGCAUAUGGAGGCCAUGAUGUGGGACUGUUUGACAUGGCAACCAGGGAUAUCCUACCCCUGAAAUUUGGUAAGGACAAACCUCGUUUUUAUUCUCGACCUAUUUUUGUUACGCGUAAUGACAAACUUUAGUUGACUUUGUUUUCUCUAAUACCCUUUGCUUAGUUGGAAGAAAUGGGUAGAAGUGGUGUUUAGACUUAUUUGGUGGCCAAAUACAAUUUGGUAUUCUGGUUUGUAAGCACAUACAAACUAAUUUCUAGGAUAUUUAUGCUUGUGAUGCUGUGAUUUAAGUUACUGUGACUCUAUUUAUCUUUUGUUCUGGAUUUGAUAUA